AUGAUAAAAGCAGUGGCACUCGUGUGUUUGGUUGGGCUCGCGGCCGCGGGACCUACAGUGUCCAGAUCGAGGCAGGAGAUCGACGACUUCAGGACUUUCUUAGAGUCCACUAGACGAGAUGGUUCCUCUCUCGAGAAUCGAAUGGCCAGCAACCCGCUGGCCAGUGCGUGGGAGAACAGCGGCAAGUACGAGGGUGACAUAGUAUUGGAUGAGGAGCAAAUUGCAGCUCUGGUGGAUGACUUCUCUAGCAGCAGGAAUGCUUAUAUCUUUCCGAAUACCAAAUGGCCUGACAAUAUUGUCGUGUGGGAGUUCGGUGCUGGAGAAUUCACUGCCACCCAAGAAUUAGCUAUUAUCAAUUCCAUUGAUGACAUCGAGAGGAACUCAUGCCUUCGAUUCCGUUACAGAAAUUCAGCAGACCAGAACUUCGUUAGGCUCACUAACCGACCGGAUGGUUGCUACGCGUCUGUCGGCUACUGGGCGACCCGAGGCGUGCACACCCUGAACCUUGCCAAUGGCUGCUUCAACCCUAUCAUCAUCAUCCACGAGUGGCUGCACGUGCUCGGUUUCCUUCACAUGCAGUCCACCUACAAUAGAGAUGAUUACGUCCGGAUUGCGUGGGAGAACAUUGAGAGUGGCAAGGAGCACAACUUCAACAAAUACGAAAACAACUUGGUGAGCAAUCUUCAGCUGCCGUAUGAGUACACUAGUUGCAUGCACUACGGCCCGUACGGAUUCAGUAUUAACGGUCUACCAACCAUCGAGCCGCUCAGGCCUUUCGAAGGAGAAAUGGGUCAACUUCAGAGAGUCACCGACCUGGAUUGGUUGAGGCUGAAUAGACACUACCAAUGCUCAGGAGCCUGGAACAAAGACGAAAAUUAACAACACCCUAGCGCAUAAAUUUAGCUCAUAAUUUUGGACUUCAAAACAACCUCAACGAGAUUAAGUUCCGUUCAUUGGAC